UGUCAUUCUGGACACUUUCUCUUUCGUUCCAAGGGAAGCGAAGUUUGCUGAGCAUUCUAGAACGCGGCGGGGGGCAACCCCCUUUGAAGUCUCCCCUCCCCACGGGGCGCGCGAAGGGGGAGACGCACCUUCUUUUCUUUCCUUCCCCCCCCUCUACCCACGCUGAAGGGCAUCCCCGGGGCCGCCCAUGGAGCUGGAGGAGGUGCAGCCGGACAGCCUGGAGGGCUGGGUGGCCAUCAAGGAGAACAUCUUCGGCCAGCCCGAGCCCCCCCACAAGCUGCGCUUCUUGGUGGCUUGGAACGCCGUGGAGAGCAAGUUCGCGGUGACUUGUCACAACCGGACUUUGCAAGAACGAGCCGGCGCGGAGAAGGACGCAGAGAAGGAGGAGGAGGAAGAGGAGGAGGAGGAGGAGGAGGAAAAAGAAGAUGAUGAUGAAGAAGAAGAGGCCGUGGACGAGCAGCGGCUGAGCUGGGCCGGCUUGUACUCCCCGCAGGCCUUGGUGGGCGUCCAUCGGCAGCUGGCGGCUUUGAGCCAGCAGCUGGAGCCCUGCUUCCCCGCCCUGCCCCCUGCGCUGACCGGACCCAGCGGCUUUUGGGCGCUGCUGUUCCCCAGCUGCCCGGUCUUGGGGGAGAGCGAGCUGGAGAGCCUCUGCCGGCGCUUGGAAGCCUACUUCGGCUGGGCCUUGGAAGUCUGCGGACGGAAGACGCUCCUGGAUUCGCUCUUCGCCCACGAUCAGCAGCAGGAGGAAGAGUACUUUGAAAAUUUGCAGGCGUUCCGCAGGAAAAGUUUCAAGGGGCAGCUGACCGCGGCCAAGGAGGCCUUGAGAAGGAUUCUCCACAAGCACAAAGAUGCUGUUAAGCUGGUAGAUUUAAUGGAGCUGUACAAGGAAGAAGAGGAAGCCUAUUGGGAGCUGGUUACUGUGGCAACUGAAUUCUAUCAAUAUUUAUUGUUACCUUUCCGAGACAUGAGAGAACUGGCCACAUUAUAUAGACUUGAGAUUCGGAAAUCCUUGCAAGCCCACCGACUGGGCCCCAAAAGGAUAGAAGCGUUGCAGAAAGAGGCCAAGGAAUCGACCGAUCGGGCAGAAGAAGCCGUGUGCUCCAUUCAAAACGUCACCGUUGGCUACUUCAAGGAGACCGUGACUGCACUCGCAGCAAUGCACAAACAGAUGGAGCAAGAUCAAAAGCGAUUUGGUCAAGCUGCCUGGGCCUCCGCAUCUCCAAGAUUAGAAAACUUAAAAUAUCUGCUAGCAAAAGAAACCCUUCAGCAUAUGAGAGCCAGAGAAUUGUGCCUGAAACACAAAAGAGUCGAUAUCAGAAAGCAGAUGGAGACACUCAGUGAGCAAAAAAAUGACGUGGCUGAAGUGGAAAAACUGGAACUAGAGUAUUAUGAAACCCAAUUGGAGCUGUAUGAGGUACAGUUUGAAAUACUGAAGAAUGAAGAAAUGUUGUUGGUUACGCAGCUGGAGACUUUGAGAAGGCAAAUUAAAGAGAUCCAAGAUGAAGUGAUUUAUUAUGACACCUGUGAAAACUCGGAGGAAUUAGAAGCUAUGGAUCGGGUCCUGGAAGAUAGCCAUGCCUCUUCUUCUGAGGUGGCACGGCUCAGGCAGAAGACCCAGCAGCUGGAAACAAAACGGGGCAUUAUCUGCUCUAGGAGGGCAUAUCUCAGGAACAAGAAGGACCAAUGUGAAGAGAGCCGCCGUUUGAGGCUCCAGCAGGCACAGGAGACCACACGCUACUUCCAGCAGCAUCACAGCGUCCAGAUUAAAAGAGAGAAGAAAAAAGAAGAUGAGAAAAAGAAAAAAGCCUGGAUAAAGGAGGAGCGGCAGAAAACUCUGGAGAGGCUAAAAUCAUUCAAGGAGAAAUGCCCUGCAGAGUUUGUGCUGAAGACUUCCCGCUCUCAGCCCGUCAACUCCAAGCAGGCUGGACCACGACGACCUCCCGCGGUUUCCCCACAAGCUGGUUCAAUCAGAAAGGGUCCAGCUGCCAAGCAAUCCAGGAAUGUCCAUCCGGCACAAGUCAGGACUGCCAAAGCACCAUGUCGGAAGCCUCCCAGAGAUGCUCCUAUCCAGAUUUUUGUGCCAACACGUGGCCCGGAGCCUCCCAAGGAAGAAGGCGGUGGGGCACCCCUCUCUGUGCCCCCACCCCCACCUCCACCUCCUCUUCCUCCUCCACCCCCACCGCUGCCAAGUGUCCAGACUGUUUGCCUCAAAAGCACAGGCGCCCAAGAUAAACCGCGGCCUCUUGUGUGCGAAGGCUCUGCUAAAGAAAAUACUUCCCUGGAGAAAGCAGAUGUUGCAUCCAGAUGCCCAACCAAGAAUUAUACAGGGACCAUGGAUGAGGUCUUGGCUUCCCUGAAGCGUGGCGAAGUCCUUCUUCGCAAAGUGGACCUGCCCCAACAGGCGUCGUCCAGCAGCAACUCUGUCAAUGACAGCAUUCUCGCUGCCAUUAGGCAAGGGGUUAAACUACGGAAGGUCAAUCAAGAGCCCAAGGAAGGCGUCGCGAAGGGUUCCGGCAGUGAACUGGAGCAAAGCAUCAAGGCAGCCAUCCAGAGGAUUAAGAAGGUCUCAGCUGACUCGGAUGAGGAUGAAAAUGGUGACUGCAGCAGCGGGGAAUGGAACUGUUAACAGAGCUGUGGGCUGGUUAAGAGCUCCUCAGAAGCUCAUGAGGGUUUCUUGGAUGAGAAGACAGCUAACCGAAAAGGAGUGCCAAACGGGAAGUGUGGUUUGUAGCCCAACAAGUUGGCUAUUGCCUGCAUGAAUUGGGCAUCUCAGAAUUCUCAGCAACACUAUGGAGUUUUGGGGACAGCUGAAGAAGUGUAGGAAAUGCUUCUUGAUCAAUGUCAGAUGUUUCCAAGCUGCCAAGUAAAUGUAGGACAAAUCCUUUACUGUCACCGAGCUUUGUGCUUUGAAGUUUGCACAUUUUCUUUCUCUUUUUGCAAGGGGAUCACAGCACCCCAUAGGGGAUCAGGGGUGGUGACCAUUUAAUUUUAAAAUCCCCCUUGAUCCCAGCCCAAACUUUACACUACUGUAUGAAAACACUAUUCGUUCGAUUAAGCCUGUUCCAAAACCGUUAUUAAAAUUGUCCUAGGAGAAUGAA